GCCCUCGUCGCGCCCGGCGUCUCAUUUGCAGUCCUUCGACGCGUGACCCCGGCGCGCUCGCGUCCCGGGCCGGUGGCAAGCGCGGGGUGCGCCCGGCGGUGCCAUGUGCCUCCUCUCUCGCGCGGCCGCAGCAGUCGCCGCGCCCCGAUUCCCGCUCCGGCUCCGCGGCAGAGGGCUUGCCGCCGCCAUGUCUACCGCCGGGCCCCUCAAAUCCGUGGACUACGAAGUGUUCGGGAGAGUGCAGGGUGUUUGCUUCAGAAUGUAUACGGAAGGUGAAGCCAAGAAGAUAGGAGUGGUUGGCUGGGUGAAGAAUACCAGCAAAGGCACUGUUACAGGCCAAGUGCAGGGCCCUGAAGACAAAGUCAAUUCCAUGAAAUCCUGGCUGAGCAAGGUUGGGAGUCCUAGUUCUCGCAUUGACCGCACAGAUUUUUCUAAUGAAAAAACCAUCUCUAAGCUUGAGUACUCCAAUUUUAGCAUUCGAUACUGACGGGAAAGAAAUGCAGGUUAUAAUACUGUGUUGUAUUGUAACAUAGACACCAUAUAUGCUUAGUCUACACCAUAGAAUAAUAGUAGCAAAGUAGGAUUUAAAAAAGGAAUGUUUGCCUCUGAAAGAUAUUAAGUUAUAUAUUACUAACAAUGUCUGACACAAAUGAUUUUGCUCAAUUAUGUUUUAGUAAACCAAAACUAUUCUGAUAUUUAAAAUGUCAUCAUAAGAUAUUUAAUAUAUGAGUAUUUCAAUUUAAGCUUGCCUUGCUGAAUUUUUAAUUUCAAUCGAUAUUAUAGUAUACAUGUUAUUUGGCUAAAUGUAAAAUAAUAGCUAAUCAUUUAAAAUUCUUUAUUUUUAUUUGCAGCGAAUUUAAAAAUCUGAAUGUUAUCAAAGUCUUGAAGAAGACCAAAAGUUAGAAAUAAAUGUGUAUGAUGAACAAUAUAACCAUAAGCUAAUGCCAAUAAAGUUAAUAUUUUAAA